ACAGGAAGUGGCCAAUGAAAAAAGAGCAUUUCCGAGGUUUUCCGCUUUCCCCGAAGUUCUUGACAGAUUCGACUUGAGAUUGAGAGAGUUCAAGAUGGCUGCCACAGAUGGCGAUGUAUUGUAACGAGUCGCCGCUGACGAAGCUGAGAAAGGACCAGCAACAGCUCCGGAGCCGACGCAGUAGUUAAACCACUGAAGUUUGCCAACGUUUUCAACUGGGCUGGCGACGAAUAGCUAAAAAGUUGCAUGACUCUCAUCUGAGGCUUUGGUGUCAACUGUCAAGAAUAGCAUCCCCCUCUAGCUACCAUUCAUCAUGUCCUCCACCUCCUCCUACUCCUCUUCAGGAGAAACUAGUCCGGAGGAUGUCCCCAGAGGUGGGGGUACCAUCCGAGUCUUCCUCCCUAACAAGCAGAGGACUGUGGUGAAUGUUCGCCAAGGACAGACGGUGUAUGAGAGUCUAGAUAAAGCACUUAAAGUGAGAGGCUUAAGCCAAGACUGCUGUGCUGUAUUCCGCCUUCUCGAAGGUCGUAAAAGGUUGACGGAUUGGGAGACGGACAUUACUCCUUUGGUUGGAGAAGAGCUAUUAGUUGAGGUCCUGGAUGAUAUUCCCUUGACCAUGCACAACUUUGUACGGAAAACCUUCUUCAAGCUGGCUUACUGUGAUUUUUGCCACAAGUUUUUAUUUAAUGGCUUCAGGUGUCAGACAUGUGGAUACAAAUUUCACCAGCACUGCAGUAGUAAGGUACCUACCGUUUGUGUGGACAUGGACACAAUAAGCAAACAGCGUCCCUGCACGGAUGAGUAUCCUCAGAUACUAUUGCCAGAAAAUUCCCCAUCACAGAGUAAUAUAGCCUUAACACCGGAGCCUGCUGGGCUGGACCUCUUGUCCCCAACAUCAGCCUUUCACUUCCCCAUCCCUAGUGGAGAUGGCCAGUCUCUGCAAAGGCAUCGUUCUACCUCGACACCCAAUGUUCAUAUGGUCAGCACAGUGAGCCCUGCUGUUGCCAGCAUUAUAGAGGACGCAGUGAAAUCUCACAACACAAUAGGUCCUGAGCCCUCACCAAAGCCAUCCACUAGCCCGCCCUCUUUAGGUUCCCCAGGGAGAAGACCGCCCAAGUCACCUUCAGAGCACAAAGAACGAAAGCCCUCCUCCUCGGAUGACAAAAAAAAAGUACAUCGAGGUGGCUACAGGGACUCAAGUUACUACUGGGAGGUCCACUCCCGGGAAGUCACUAUCCAGAAGAGAAUAGGAGCUGGCUCCUUUGGAACUGUAUUUAAGGGAAAGUGGCAUGGGGAUGUUGCGAUCAAGAUCCUUAAAGUCACAGAGCCAACACCUGAACAGUUACAGGCUUUUAAAAAUGAAAUGCAGGUCUUACGGAAAACCCGCCAUGUCAACAUUCUGUUAUUCAUGGGCUAUAUGACAAAGCCCAAUUUUGCCAUAAUCACACAGUGGUGUGAAGGCAGCAGCCUGUACCGCCAUCUGCAUGUCUCUGAAACCAAAUUUGACACGAUGAGGCGGAUUGACGUGGCCAGACAAACAGCACAGGGCAUGGAUUAUCUUCAUGCGAAGAACAUUAUUCAUCGCGACCUGAAAUCAAACAACAUUUUCCUCCAUGAGGGUUGGACUGUUAAGAUUGGUGACUUUGGUCUUGCAACAGUGAAGUCACGGUGGACCGGCUCUCAACAAGUUGAACAGCCCAGUGGAUCAAUUCUUUGGAUGGCCCCUGAGGUGAUCCGCAUGCAGGACAGCAACCCAUAUACAUUCCAGUCUGAUGUAUAUGGCUAUGGAGUAGUACUGUUUGAGCUGAUGUCAGGGACUCUACCAUACUCCAAUAUCAACAACAGAGAUCAGAUAAUCUUCAUGGUGGGACGUGGUUACUUGUCCCCAGACCUCAGUAAGCUCUCCAGUACCUCACCCAAAUCAAUGAAAAGGCUUAUCAUUGACUGCCUGAAGUUCAAACGGGAUGAGAGGCUCUUGUUUCCACAGAUCUUGGUAGCCAUCGAGCAGGUACAGGAUCUGCUGCCAAAAAUUGAGCGCAGUCGUUCUGAGCCCUCUCUCCAUCGGGCCGUUCAUGCUGAGGACCUGAACCCUCUUCUAUUCCACACCACUAGGCUGAUGCCACUCUAAGAUUUCAACAUCACUAGGCAGAAAGGUUGUUUCCCUUUCUAAAACCACAGCAUUCCAGUGCCUCUGAGAGGCUUCAGCUGCUUUUGUUGCGGAACUUCAUCACUAACUUUUUCAGAGCCUUGGAGCUCCAGCACUCAAUAACACACUGCAGGAAUAAUCUUUAGGUGUUUUGUUCCAGUUUGAGUUCUUCUAAUGACAAAGACCUGCUCCUUCAGAGGGCCAUUCAUUAGCUUUUUCCUCAACAGAAUGUCAAGUUUGUUUUGCUGUAGAUUAUAUUUCAAAUGGGCAUUCGAUACUGUAACUUACUGGGGCUGGGGUGUCCAUCGUUUCAUGGCAAACAAACACUGCAGCAUCGUCGUCGUCUCAUACAUGGCCCGAUCUUGGAAGGAUCACAUUGAACAUAACCAAGAAUUCACAAUCAUAUGACAUCAAAAUCAGUGAUUCUAUUGCCCUUUUAACAAUCACGUAAAAAUGUUUUUACGCUCUAGUAAAUCUACAGUGGAGCACGAAAGUAUUUAGUCUAUCACAGACUGUGCACUUUAAAUGAUGAGAGAGUUCUGUAACAGUUACUAUACUAUAGGUACACUUAGACUAUGAGACAGAAUGUGGAAAAAAAAAAAAUCCUGGAAAUGACAUUUUAAGAUUUUGAAAGUAUUCACAUGUCAAUUACGGUGAUAUUUUGGCUCAUUCCUCCAUGCCGGUCUAUUUAGAGCAGUGAUGUUUUGGGGCUGUCACUGAGAAACACAGGCUUUCAAUUCCCUGUCCCCUUUGCAAAAAAAGAACCCCCAAGCACACGCCUGUGCUUUACAGUAGGUAUGGUGUUCUUGGGAUGCAACUCAGCAUUCUUCUUCCUUUAAACACCAUGAGCUGAGUGUGUGCCAAAAACUUCCGUUUUGCAAACUUCAGGUAGGCCUGGACAUGAACUGGCUUAAAAAGGAAAACACGUCUGGCACUGCAGGAUUUGAUUCCCUGCCAGCCAUCAUGUUCAUGUUGCUAGCCCUUGUUACUUCGAUCCCAGCUCUCUGUAGGUCAUUCCCCAUUGUACUUCUGGGAUUUUUGCUCCAUGUUUUCAUGAUCAUUUUGAUUCCACGGAGAUGUUAUUUUGCAUGGCGCUCCAAAUCAGCACUUAUGUGUCUGUUAUCGACGAAAUACUUUUUUCCCACAAGAAUUUCUUUGAAAUUCCUAAAAAGCAAUUUCCAGGAACUUUCAGUUUCACAAUCUGUCUGUCACAGUUCAAGUUUACCUAUGAUUCAAAUUACAUAAUUCUCAUCAUUUUAAGUGGGAGGAAUUGCACUCAGUGAUUUCAUACUUUUUGCCCCACUGUACAUAACUGAGUUUCGUCCCUUACUUUGCCAAGAAAUAUUUACAGAUUACAUGCAUUUUAUUGUUGCCCCAGUGUACAUAACUGAGUUUCUUCAAUUACUUUGCAAAGAAUUAUUUACAUAAUUUUUCAUGCAAUUUAUCAAUUUACAACCCCAAACCAAUAUAAAUGGACAGAUGGAGAAGCCCUAAACAAGAUGCCUUGAGCUAUUGAAUAUGUGAGCGCUAUGCAGACUUUUAAAAAGCCUUCACACAAACACUUUUUGAUUAGCAGCCUGGAAAACAGUAGUGCAAUGAAUGUUGCUGAAGUUAAAUCUUGUUAAUGGUUAUCAAGUAAUCACUGCUGCUUAAGUUUAAACCGAUUGUGUCAGUAUACAUUAAUACGGUCAUUGAUAAAUUAUCCAAAUAACUGUUACGAGUUGAGUACCUUUUCUCUUGAAACAUGUCAAGAGCGUUUCUCCUUUUCAGCACAGCAUCUGCCACUAGUGGACAUAGAAUGUUUUCAUUUAUUGCCACUUAAAGGGCUUCUUUAAUAGCGUUUUCCAUUCCAUUUCCAUUUAGUUGUCUUUUUUAAAACAUGUCGUUUUUUGUUGAUACUGAUGACACUUCAUUUGUGUCAAUUUGGCGUAGUAACCAACAUCUGGGGCCUAUUUUGGCACACUGACAACUCUGCGCUAGGUGUAAAAUUGGGUUUAACUUGAUUUUCUUGCCAACACAAGUCUAUUGUAGACUUGAAAAGUAGACUACAUUAUAGACCAGCUUAAAGGAGGUCUGUUUUGCAGCGCAGUUGAUGUCAUGCCAUUUUAGUGUACAGUGCAGCCUCGGUUUUCGAACGUCCCGGUUCUCGAACAAAUUGGUAUUGGAACACAAAGUUUGAGAUUUCUUUGCUUCGGAUGCCGGACGAAAUUCGGUUGUCGAACCUUGAGAGAUAAGCCGAGAGGAUCCGCAUGCCAACUGACUCCAUUCGUUAUUACGUUGUUGUUACUCUGAGGAUUGCAUCAACUCUAAUCAUGCCUCCAAAGGAAGCAAGUGGGAGCAGUAAAGACAUCCUAAAGCAAUGCGACAGUGAGUGCCCUGCGCACUGCGGUUCUGCGAUCGGACAAAAUUAAGCUCCCUGCGCACUGAUGUCCACUUAAAUUUUGGACAGUACAUCAAGACUCGUUCGGCGGUGCGCUGCAGUUGCGCGAUCGGACAAAAAUGCGCAAAUGAAAAAAUGCUUAAAAAGUUUAAAAGUUUUUCCAUUAUUUGUAAUGGGAAAAUAUGAUACGGAAUUCGAACGAUUCACUUCUCGAACAGCCCUCUGGAACGGAUUGUGUUCGAAAACUGAGGCUCCACUGUAUUUGAUCAUGGCACAGGCACACAAUUUCGAUGCUCCGCGGAUGUGCAUGAUGAACGUGGUAUUUCAUUCAAAAUAUGAAACCAGGGUGGGACUAUCUCCUAUGAAUUAUUGUCAAAAUUAAUUAACUGAGCCAUAUAUAGCCAUUAUCUUAAAAACUACAUACCGAGCACCUCAUCACUAUUGCAAGGGUGUUAAAGGGUGGGGAGACUGGGCAUCCAAUAUGGAGGGGAAUGGAACGGCAAUGGAAAUAUGUCGUUAGGCGAUUUUAGAUAAUUUCAGUAUACUUUGUGGUUUCGCUUUUACAUAGCAUGCUCUGGCAUUGUCGUUUGGUAUAGAUUCAGUCCUCAACUUCUCUCGAUGAGCCUCCCCACUUCCGACUUUAUUUUGGAUUCCGUUUUAUGUUUGGUUUAUUUUCCUGAGUGUGAGCAUGGCAAACUCAAAAGUCUGACUUGUGUUGUGACAUAUACUAUAUACUGUACCAAUGACAUAGAGAGGUCAUAUCAGAAACUAACGCACAGGUAUCAAGCUCAAUUCUGUCGAGGACCAUUAUUGUAGUUAUGGUUUCACCGCAGAGGGCCAUUAUGACUCUGAAACCAUAUAUAAAUGUAUAAUUGCCUCAUCAUAUUACAUAUACUGUGUACAACAUGGCCAAUAACGAAAAAGCGUGAUAAAAAUAUGCUUACAAUUUCUCGGGUUUUAUUUAAAGUGAAGACAAUUCUCAACUUUGGUCGAAAUUCUAACAAGAAACAUGAAGUUAAAUGCACAUGACAGCCCCCAGGUUGAGGGUUUGACACCUAUGAACUAAAGCAUGGUGGACUGUAGUCAAGGAGCUUGCACUUUAGUUCCCCCCCCCCCCCUUUUUUUUUUUUUUUUUCUCUUGUGACAAUAUUUACAAACUGCCUCUUCUUGCAGGACAAUGUGAAAAUAGGAUGAACAGAGCAUUUUUUAUGGUGAUUGGUCUGUCAAUGGCUCUAGGCUUGAAUUCUAUAUUUUUAUCGUUUCAUAGCUUAAGACAAUAUAGAUACCAAUGCCUAAUUGUUUUAUAAUGACAUUGACCUAUAAACUUUGUGAAUUGGGUUUGGCAUGUAUGUAGAAACACUCAGCUUUGUCAUAUUGUAAGAGAGGUGUUUCUUUAAGCACAAUGGGAUUACCUUAGAGCAGACAUUUGGAACUACAACAUUGCAGUCAGGGGCUGGGUACCCUUUGUUCUUACUCGUUCCAUGUAUUCAGGGGCAGUCAUGGUUGGGAAAUGACAUUUGAUGUGGCUUAAGAUGGGUAUUUGUGAACCAGGAUUUGGAGACACUUUUUAUUUUAUGCUGAUGUGGUGUUGUGCUUGCAGCUUUUUAGGUGAAGUGAACACACGUAGGCUACAUUGUUAGUACCCUUGCAGGAAAACAAAAUUAUUUCCAAGACCAUACUAAUGAAAAGAACACUGUACCUUUCAUUAAUUUCUUAUAAAAUCUACAUGCACAUGAAGCUAUAUGUGUGAGAGUUUAUAUAUGUAUGAAUACAUACAGACACACACACACACAUACACGUACACACACACUACCGUUCAAAAGUUUGCACAAACAAUAUAAUUGCACAAGGGUUUUGUAAUCAGCUUUCAAACAUAAUGGCCCAUUAGAACACUGGAGGGAUGGUGCAUUGUAUUGUCGUUUAUCACAUUAACAAUGUAUAGAGUGUAUUCCUGAUUAGUUUAAUGUUAUCCUCAUUGGAAAAAUAGUGGUUUUAUUUUAAAAUUAAGGACAUUUCUAAGUAAUCCCAAACUUUUGAACUGCAGUGUAAGUAUAUAUUUAUAUGUAUGUAUGUAUAUAUAUGUAUAUUUAUAUGUAUGUAUGUAUGUGUAUAUAUAUGUAUAUUUAUAUGUAUGUAUAUAUGUAUGUAUAUAUGUAUGUGUAUAUAUAUAUAUAUAUACACACAUAUAUAUAUAUAUACACAUAUAUAUGUGUGUAUAUAUAUAUAUAUGUAUAUAUAUAUAUAUAUAUAUAUAUAUAUAUAUAUAUAUAUAUAUAUAUAUAUAUAUAUAUAUAUAUAUAUAUAUGUAUAUAUAUGUAUAUAUAUAUAUAUGUAGGAUUGUAUAUAUACACACAUAUACAUGUGUGUGUACACUUAUGUAUCUACGUAUAGAUGUGUUUGUGUGUGUGUAUGUGUAUAUAACUCGAGUAUACGUGCACUAUACGUGUAUAUGUACAUAAAUUACUGUAUAUUGAAUAGAACCUUGUUUUAAAAAAGAAAAAAAACUCUUUAACCCCACAAAGUAAUGCUGGGUUUUCAUUUAGGUUUAUAAUUGACAGUUGUGGGUCUUUGUUUCCUAAAUGGAAGGGUACAAACAAUUUAGCCAGUGUAUACACGUGAUGUUGAUCAGUCUUUGCAACCUAAACAAACAGGAAUGCUGCGAUUGGUACUGGUUGCUUUUACUAUUUAAAAUCCGUCUCAUUUGCUUGCAAAUGUUUUGAGCACCAAGUAAACCUGACAUUAUCUGUGACUUAACACUUGAUUAUUUUAAUGGCAUCACUUUAAAAUACUGUAAUAAUGUUUAGGUUGUCUUUCAGCAAUGGCAAGAUUGUAAAUGGCUGCUUUCGAAAAUGUCCACAAUGCAAAAUGAGAAAUAUCUUAUAACUGUCUUUUUUGGUUUUCUAUGAAAUUGGACAUUUCUAUGAAUCUUUUUUUAAUUCAGUCUAGGACUAUUUCAGGUCCAUAUUCAAAGAGGAAAACAAUAGUGGAGGGGAAAACGAGGGUUGUAUCCAAAUAGAUUUCAUAUUUGUAGGUUAAUUGCAAUACUUGUCUUCAGUUCCUUGGGUGCCAGGGAGGGGUGUUCAGUUUGCAAUAAAUGGUAUUUUCUGCUGUGUACAGUUAUGUUUUGUUUUCAUUGUUUUUUAACUACAGAAAUUUUACUUGUUUCUAUCUUUGUGUGAUGGUUUCAAAGAAAACAAAAUUCUUUAACGUGUCUUAAAUCUUAGUUGUUUUUUAGGGUUUAUUCUUAAAAUAAAUAAACUUAUCUGUGUUUCCUUUUA